AUGGCGUCUUCCAAAAAAUUUCUUUGCACUCUUGGUUUGAUCCUCCUUAUCGGAACCGUCGUGGACGGAGCCGGAGAGUGCGGUAGAUCUUCGCCGGACAAUGAAGCGAUGAGGCUGGCUCCAUGUGCAGGGGCAGCUCAGGACUCUACCGCCGCCGUGCCAGGAGGUUGCUGCACUCAGAUUAAAAGAUACUCUCAGAACCCUAAAUGCCUCUGCGCCAUUCUUCUCUCCGACACGGCCAAAGCCUCUGGCGUGGACCCAGAGGUUGCCCUAACCAUCCCAAAACGCUGCAAUUUCGCCAACCGCCCUGUCGGUUACAAGUGCGGACCAUACACACUUCCAUGA